AUGGGGGGCAAAUUUUCAAGCCGUCUCGGAUGGUUGCAGGUCCCGUCGCUAAUACUGGGUUCCUGGCUUGUCGGCCUCGCCCUCGCUAUCAGCCAUCACCUGUUUUAUGCCUUACUAAACGAUAGACUGACGGCGGCGGACAGCAAUAUCAAGCUUCUGGGAACCUCUAUCUCGGAGCAGCAGUUCAACAUUGCCCUCGGAACUGUUUUUGCAUUUCUUACCAAAGCAGCGUUCGUCCUCGCCGUCUCAACCACCUACUACCAAGCAGCAUGGUGGGCAGUGAAGCGCAGGUCCCAACCGAACAAGACACAGACGCUGGCGGAGGUCGACUCUGUAUUUGCGGCGGCUGGGGAUAUCAUCUCGCUAUUGAGCAGCAAAUUUUGGUAUAGAUAUCCGCUGCUCUUUGUGUUGGCGCUGCCCAUAUGCAACGUUGUCGGUGCGUCUCAGCUUAAACCCGAAGACGGUGCUGGAGGGCGUCGCGAUGGUUGA